CGUUCGCGUUAUUGUACCGGAAACUGCGUCAUCCUCGUUUUAAACAUGGCGACUGUGACAACAGCCACCUCAGAGUGGAUUCAGUUUUUUAAGGAUGCCGGGAUUCCAGCCGGCCUCGCUGUCACCUAUGCAGUUUCCUUUGUGGACCACAGGAUUCAGAAGAACAUGCUGAUGGACCUCAGUAAAGAUAUCAUGAUGGACCUCGGCAUUACAGUCAUUGGAGACAUCAUUGCCAUUCUUAAACACGCCAAACAGGUGUACAGGCAGGACAUGUGUAAAAUGGCAACUGAGGCCAUCUCCUCUGGACAGACAAGUGUCCAAGCUGAGCUCAGAAGAACCGCCAACACUCCUGCUACUCGAAUGAUUGCCAACGCUUUGAGCCACGACUCCCCUCCUGCCACUCCAGCCCGUCGACCCGUUGACAACCGGCUCUCUGUCACAGUGUCCAACUCCCAGGCGACCAAGAACAACAAAGCAGUGGUAAGCCAGCCGGCCGAUGAGGGGAAGCCUUCCGCAAAGCGCCGACGUGUCACAGCUGAGAUGGAAGGCAAGUACAUCAUCAACAUGCCAAAGGGCACCACGCCUCGUACACGUCGAAUCCUGGCCCAGCAGGCCAAGAAAGGUUUGAAGCGUACCUCAGUCUUUGAAAGACUUGGAGCUGAAUCGAUGGCAGAUACAACAACCAGCAACAGCAAACCCACUGGGGUGUUUAGUCGCCUUGACGGGGGAGAUGAAAGCGAAGAGAUACCGAAUCAAGCAAAUACAGAUGCAAACACGGAUGAAGAUGAUGAGGACAGCGACGAAGAGGGCUCUGUCCUGCAGUAUGCAGGUGUCCUCAAGAGACGCAAUACCUUAAAGAAGAAAGCAUCAGCCUCAAAGACACCCCCUACCACCCUGCGUCGCCUGGGUGGCAAAUUCAAGCCUCCUCCGUCUGAUACUCCCACAUCCUCCUCUACCUCAUGCCCAAAUGGUCUCCCACCUGCCAAAAUUAGCGUUCUUCAGAGACUGGGCCGGCCCCCUGCCACCAGCACAGCUGUGACACCAACAUGCGCUGACACUCAGGACAACAGAGUGACAAGCACCAGAUCCAGAGCGCUGGAGAAAUCAACUAUAGCCAGUUCAAAGGUCAGCAGCAGCAGCAACAACUCCGGGGUCGGGGUAGGAGGAGAGUCCGUGGGGGCCAAGAUGGACGUCAAGGCUGUCAGUGUUUUCAAAAGACUGGGCAGCAAGAAACCCUAACAUCUUGAUUCAGACUCCUACUCGACGUAUAAGAUAGUUUUCAGUCAUCCUUUGUUUCCUCCAUGCAGGAGAGCAAGUUGGUGUUGUUAUUAUUAUUAUUAAGUUAAUUUUUUUUUUUUUUUUUUACUUGUUUCACGCUGCCAUUGACAUGUCACUUUUAUGUAGUCUUGGGAUUUUUAUUUAAAAGCUUUAGUGAUGCUGUGUUGUAUGUUGCUCAGCCUGUAGGUUUUGUAUCGUGUCAUUUCAGCCAGUUUCUGUAUUGUAGAAGUUAAGGUAAGAACAUGAGCUCAAGUGUAGUUCUAAUUUUCCCUGAUUACUCCACAUACAGGUGCAUUGCAAUGAGUUAGAAUAGCAUCAGGAAUUCACUUCAAACAGAGAAGCUCAGGUUUAGAUUAUUUCCACAAACGCAGUGAUCAAUUUCACUCCUUUUUUUCUGUUCAUUUAGAUGGUUGUAAUUUACAGCUAAUGAAAAUCCAAACUUCAGUUUCUACAAAAAAUGUGAAAAUUGAUUAAAUGAGACCAAUUAAAAAUAUUUUUAUUGCAGAAACGGUGGCCUACUGAAAAGAAAGCCCAUGUACUGUGCACUAUCUUCACUCAAUACUUGGUUGGUCUCCUUUUGCAUGAAUUACUGCAUCAAUGCGGCGUGUCAUGGAGGCAGUCAGCCUGCAGCACUGUUGAGGUGUGAUGACGGCCCAGGUUGCUAUUAUAGCAUCCUACAACUUGUCUGCAAUGUUGGUGUCUCUCAUCUUCCUCUUGGUAAUACCUCAUCACUUCCCUAAUGGGGUUUAUUUGUAAGUCAGACCGGUCUGCUGACUCAGUAACACCAUGGUCAUUCAACCAGAUUUUGGUACCUUCACAGUGUGGGCAGGUGCCAAGUCCUGCUGGAAAAUGAAAUUGGCAUCUGCAUAAAGCUUGUCAGCAGAAGGAAGCAUGAAGUGCUGAAUUACUGUCCUGAUAGAUGGCUGUUCUGGACACAGUGGACCAGCACCAAUGGAUGCAAUGGCUCCAUAAAUAUCACUGACUGUGGAAACUUCACACUGAACUUAAAGUAACUUCUGUCAUCCCCUGAGAUAUUUCAAUUUAAUUUUAAAAGGACUUUGGACCACACAGCUGCAAUCCAGUUCCCUUUCUCCUUAGCCCAGCCAAGAUGCUUCUGACGUCUUUGAAUCAUAACUUAACACAAGGACCGCGACAGUAGCAACGCAUUCCCUGGAUAACUUCUGUGUGUGUUGACUCUUGAAGCUCAGACUCAAGCUGCAGUUCACACCUUGCAAAUCUCCACCAAACUCAUGGAUGGACUUUUCUCCACUAUCCUUUUGCAGGUACUGCAGGUAUUCCUGUUGUUUGUGCACCUUUGUCUACCACACUUUUUCCUUCCACUAAACUACCCAUUAAUAUGCUUGAAUACGGCACUUUGAACUGCCAUUUUCUUUAGCGAUGUCCUUUCGUAGCUUUCCUUCCUUGUAGAUGCUGCCACUGACUGUCUGCUGGAUGACUGUCCAGAGAGGAGUCUUUUUCCAUUACUGUGUAGGCCAUAACAUGUCUGCAUUAAAAAUACUUUUUAAAAUUAAAGCUAUGUAAUAUUCUCAUUUUCUUUAUAAACUGAAUUUUCUGCUUCAAUUAGCUGAGAUUCAUAAUAAAUGCUUAAAAUAUACAACUUUAGUGGUAAUGGAUAAAAAAAAAAAAAAAGGCUUCACCUUUUGAAUUGAAUUCAUAAAAUAAAUCAACUAUUCAGUGAUAUUCUGGUUAUUAGAAAUGCACCUGUAUAAGGACUCUGCUGUCUAUACUUUAUACAUCCAUAUGAUCAUUUUGUAGACUUUCCCUUAAUGUUGAAUAUUUCCUAACAAAAACUUGUCCGUUAUCUGGAUAAGUUUAGAUUACAAGUCAGCCGUUGGACACAGCACACAUGCUGAUAUGAUUGGUGAAUAGAAUCAUGUAGUCUUCACCUGAAAAUACCUCCUGUAUCAUGUUUAUCGUCAAAAGCUUCUGAGCCUCGGAAAUAUUCUUAAGCAGAAACAAAAUAGGUAAAAAAAAAAAAUCAUAGGUGGUUCAGUCCUGAGGCUAGAAAAGCAACAUACCUCUGCUUCAGUGCUUUGUCACAUGGUAGUAGCACCUUUUACCCUUUUGACCACAAAGAGAGCGUUUUCUAGAGCCUACUUGAAGCCAGAUUUGUAGAACACCUGGUCUGCUUUUUAUAUUUCUAUUUGGACCUCUAGUGUAGAACUUCAGAGGUGCCAUCAGCUCACUGUAGAUAAUUCACCUGAAUCCACUUGGAGAUCAUUCAAACCUCAAGUUGGUUGCACUAUAAAUAUUUUAAAAUGUUUAAAGAAAAACAAAGAGUGACAACAUCAGCAUUGAUGUUUUUUUUUAAAUAUAAAAUAUUGAGGAAAAAUGUGGAUUUGAACCAAGUGUGCUUGAAAUAUAAUAGAAAUGUUAUAUUUAAUGUCUGUGUCUACACCUGUAGAGCACCUCAUUUAUCAGUAAACCUUUUCAACCUCCUCUCUGCACACAGUGAUGUUAAAUGGGUGGAAACAUAACUUCAAUAAAAGAUUGCUGCCACCUA